AUGGCCGACACGCUGAUAUCACUGGGACAUUUUUGCGAGAUCCACGGGCCGCAAGCACUCUUGACGACUUCGGUCCAGUCACCGACUGCAACAUCGCCGCCGCCAAACGAAACCGGCACGAGUUGCGCCAACUGCUCGUACAACGUGCCAGCCGCAACAACAACUCCACCCGUACUUCGCAGCAAAUGGCGUGAUUCUACCUUUGCCACUACCCGCGCGCCCUCCAAUCCUCUAUUGCGUGAUGCCUGCACAAGAGCUCUGGCCGUAGAGUCCCUGCCGCGCGGUCAGAAUUCUGGUUCCAUAACCUUGACUACUGAUCUGGCGACACAAGGACCAAAAGACCCGAGGACCGUCAACGUUGCACAUGUCUUUCGACUGCCGGAUCCAAGAGCUAGGGGACAACGGAGAGCAUAUGCGUUUGUAGCUGUCGGUUCGCGAUCUCUGUUUCGACAUCAGAUGACCGUCCGUCGUGCUUUUGAAGCGUGGGCCAAGUCAAUCAUUACACUUGCCGAAACACAUCUGUCGACCUUACAACAAGGGGAAAGCGCAGAAGCCUCGCCAGUAGAACUUUCUGCCGCAAAUGUCGGUUCCUUACGUAGCUACAGUUCAAGUGCUACCCCUUCACCACCCAUGUCUAUGGGAUCUGCUGAACGCACUCCACCUCCUAUAUCUCCGCCGCAGCCCCAGCGCACUCACUCGCAAGCCUCUUCUAUUGUUUCCUCGACAAGCCAUCCUCAGAAGCCAGCACCUACGUCCGCAGCUGUCACACCUGUCUCAAGUUUCUUGUCCGCCAAAUCAGUAGACCCAGAUGGCUACCCUCGCUCUUCGCUUUCUGCGGCCUCUCCCUUAGCAAAUGUCCCCAAGACUCGCAGUCUGGCUGAGAUUGUUGGUGACGAGUACUUCUUCGUACGUCUGCAUGCCGAGUUCUGCGGGGUGUUGAAGAACUUGAUUGAAAAGGAAAUUGCUGAGAGAGGCCCCGAGAUCGAAGACGGGAAUGGCGUUAUCGAUGAGGAGGACCAGAGCUAUGGAAGUGGCAGUGACGACAAUGCCGUGCAAAGUGGUGAAGACGAUGAAGACGAGGGGUGUGUAGUUGGAUGGGAGAGAUACUGA